GACUUUGACUCUGUUUGAAGCGAAAAACAAGGCGCGGAGAAAUGAAGACGAAGAGAAGAAACAGCUGCAAAAAAAAACCACACACAAAUUUGCAGAAAAAACUGUUCGUUGAUCGAAGAAUCGCUAGAAACGGUAUCCGUGUACCGGAUCUAAGGUCGGGUUAAGGCUAACCGGAUGCGAGUUUCCGGAAUCGAAACGGUGGAACGAUAUGAACUGGGGAACAUUGCUCAAGGACUUCAAGGAUAAGGUCGGAUUCGCUGACGCAACCGCCGCCGGCGACGCUUCUUCUUCCCGCGACCUCGUUCUUCCGCCGUCUCCACCCUCACCUUCCACGUCCUCUAGCCACGCCGCCUCUCCUCAACAUGACCUCAGUUUAUUAUCUCCCACAAGUCGAGAGAAAUAUAACUUGGAGGUGGAGUUUAGGAGACACUGGGAAGACUUCUCUUCAUCCACCUCUGAACAGGAGAAAGAAGCCGCCUUGAAUAUGACUGUGAAUACGUUUUGUACACUAGCCAAGCAGCAUGCCAACAUAGAUCAGUUAGUUACCAUGUUAGUAGAAACACAUGUAUUCUCCUUUGUCAUUGGGAGAGCAUUUGUGACAGAUAUUGAAAAGUUAAAGAUUAGCAGCAAGACAAGGUCACUGGAUGUAGAGAAAGUAAUAGAGUUUUUUUCUCAAGUCACCGAGGAAGGUAUAUGUCACGGUGAAAACCUUUUAACUGCUGUUGAAGUCCUUGUAUCUGGGCACAUUGACAAACAGUCUCUACUGGAUUCUGGGAUAUUGGGUUGUCUUAUACACACUCUCAAUGCGCUUCUAACAUAUAGUGUAGCCAGUGAAGGUGAAAAAUCUGUUAAUUUGGAAGAAAAGUUGGAGGAAAGCGUUAUCCAUAUCAUGAAAGCACUGGCAAGCCAUCCUUAUGCUGCACAGAGUUUGAUGGAAGAUGACUCCCUUCAGUUACUUUUCAAAAUAGUUUCUAGUGGUUCUGUCGUGGCUUUCUCUCAAUACAAAGAAGGUUUAGUUUCAUACCGUAACAUACAGCUUCAAAGACAUGCAAUGCAGAUUCUUGGCCAGCUUCUUGUCAAUGACAAUGGGAGCACAGCAAGCUACAUACGUAAACAUUAUCUGGUAAAGGUUCUCCUAAUGGCUAUCAAAGAUUUUGAUCCAGAUUGUGGGGACUCAGCCUAUACAAUGGGCAUUGUGGAUUUGUUACUUGAAUGUGUGGAACUGUCGUACAGACCUGAAACUGGUGGGGUCAGGCUAAAGGAGGACAUACGAAAUGCACAUGGUUACCAUUUUCUUGUACAGUUUGCCCUGGUUCUGUCUUCCAUGCCAAAAGAUAUAGUUGCUGCCUCUAGUAAUUUAUCUCAACACCACAAUAGUGGUUCGGAUGACUCUGAAAUACAGUCACCCCAUUCAAUGAAUAGUAGGCAGAAUGAUGAGUUUGGAUCACAAAGUUUCUCCCCUUCACUAUCAAGAUUGCUUGAUGUUCUUGUCACCUUGGCGCAGACUGGUCCCGUUGAGUUAUUUGGAGGAAGUACCUCACAACUACCUCAAACAAACCCCAGAAGUCAAACACCGUCUGAUAGCAAUCUGUAUAAUGAGACAUGGGAACAAGGAAGUGGUAAAGUAAAAGACCUUGAAGCUGUCCAAAUGUUGCAAGAUAUCUUUCUGAAAGCAGAGAACAAGGAUCUUCAGGCUGAAGUGUUGAACCGAAUGUUUAAAAUAUUCUCAAGCCAUAUGGAAAACUAUAGAAUGUGCCAAGAACUAAGGACUGUUCCACUUCUCGUGCUGAAUAUGGGUGAUUUUCCUUCCUCACAGCAAGAGAUAAUCCUCAAAAUUCUUGAAUAUGCUGUCACAGUUGUAAACUGUGUUCCAGAGCAAGAGCUGUUGUCACUUUGUUUCUUGCUUCAACAGCCAAUCAAUUCUGAGUUGAAGCAUACCAUACUUUCUUUCUUUGUAAAGCUGACAUCUUUUGAUGUACAGUACAAGAAAGUCCUAGGUGAAGUUGGUGUUUUGGAAGUCUUACAAGAUGAUCUGAGACAGCACAAACUUCUCAUGGGUCCAGAUCAAUUUAGUGGUGUUUCCAAUCAUUUGAAUCGGGUACCUAGUUCACCUAGCUUUAAACAACACCUAGAUAAUAAGGAUGCCAUCAUUUCAUCACCAAAGCUGAUGGAAUCUGGUUCAGGAAUAUUACCUAUCUUUGAAGUUGAAAGAACUAUUACCGUUGGUUGGGAGUGUAUGACCUCUUUACUAAAGAAAUCUGAAGCUAAUCAGGAAGCUUUUCGUUCUGCCAAUGGUGUGACCGUUAUUCUUCCACUGCUGCUCUCUGAUGACCAUCGUACUGGCGUUUUGCGAGUUUUGUCAUGCUUAAUCACGGAAGACACUAAUCAGGUCCACCAUGAAGAGUUACAAACUGUUAUCGAUGUGUUGAAGAGUGGAGUGGUCACUGGAAUCUCUGGUCAUCAAUACAAUCUUCAUCAUGAAGCCAUAUGUGAUACCAUGGGUGCUCUGUGGCGUAUUCUUGGGGUUAAUGGCUCUGCUCAAAGAGUGUUUGGUGAAGCCACUGGUUUCUCUCUUCUACUGACCACUCUUCAUACGUUCCCGGAAGUAGAAUGCAGGGAUGACUCUCAUUUGAUGGUUCACAUCAAAUUGUUCAAACAUGUAUUGCGCCUCAUGACAUCUGCAGUGUGUGAGAAUGCUGUUAAUAGGGUGAAACUGCACAGUGUCAUUAUAUCUCAGACGUUUUAUGAUAUUUUGGUGGAGUCAGGUUUGAUGUGUGUUGAUCUGGAAAGACAGGUGAUACAACUGUUGUUAGAACUCGCACUUGAAGUUUUGCUUCCACCUUUUGUGACAUCAGAAUCUAUGGCCUCAGCUGAGAUGGCAGAAAGUGAAAAGUCAAGCUUUCUUGUAAAAACCCCAUCUGGGCAAUUUAACCCUGACAAGCAGAGGAUAUAUAAUGCAGGUGCUAUCAGAGUUCUGAUCCGUUCACUGUUGCUUUUUAGUGCAAAAAUCCAGUUGGAAUUUCUAAAUCUUUUGGAAAGACUUGCACGUGCCACCCCAUUCAACCAGGAAAUUCUCACGUCAGCUGGUUGUGUCGAACUUCUGCUGGAGAUUAUCCACCCAUUUCUUCCGAGUUCAUCUCCAUUUCUUUCUCAUGUCUUAAAGAUUGUUGAAGUUCUUGGGGCGUACAGAUUGUCCCCUUCUGAACUCAAAAUGCUUUGUAGAUAUGGUCUGCAAAUGAGGGUUAGGAAUUCAGGUCAGGCGAUAGUUGGUAUGAUGGAAAAGCUAAUUCUCAUGGAAGACACAGGAAUGGAACAUGGUUCCCUGGCUCCAUUUGUAGAGAUGGACAUGAAAAAAACUGGGCAUGCUUCUGUUCAAGUGUCCCUGGGAGAAAGAUCUUGGCCUCCUGCUGCUGGUUAUUCAUUUGUUUGUUGGUUCCAGUCUCGAAACUUUUUUGCAACCCAAGGAAAAGUAGCAGGAGAGUAUGAAGCUGGUGGUUCAUCAAAGACGCAGGUUCUGAGUGGGCAGCAAAGUGAACAAAAUGUUUUCCGGAUAUUUUCUAUUGGUGCAAGUAACGAAAGUCCACUCUACGCGGAACUUUAUUUUCAAGAGGAUGAUAUUCUGACCCUUGCCACUAGCAAUUCAAAUUCUUUGUCAUUUUCUGGAUUAGAAACUGAGGAGGGCAAGUGGCAUCACCUUGCUGUUGUCCAUAGUAAGCCUAAUGCUCUUGCCGGACUCUUCCAAGCUAGCAUCGCAUAUGUUUACAUUGACGGAAAACUAAGGCACAUGGGUAAAUUGGGUUAUUCUCCUUCACCUGUUGGAAAAUCAUUGCAAGUAACAAUUGGAACUCCAGCUACGUCUGCCAGGGUAAGCGAUUUGACAUGGAAAAUACGCUCAUGUUAUCUUUUCGAGGAGGUGCUUACAUCAGGCUGCAUUGGUUUCAUGUAUAUUCUUGGUAGAGGGUAUAAAGGUCUUUUUCAGGAUGCAUACCUCUUACGUUUCGUGCCUAAUCAGGCUUGUGGUGGGGGCAGCAUGGCUAUCCUUGACUCGUUAAACGCUGACAUACUGUCAUCGUCCAAUAGCCAAAAAUUUGAGGAAAGUAAUAGACAAGGGGAUUCUAAAGCAGAUGGUAGUGGGAUUGUAUGGGAUCUCGAGAGGUUAGGAAAUCUUUCCUAUCAGUUAGCUGGUAAGAAACUUAUUUUUGCAUUUGAUGGAACAUGCUCAGAGUUCAUGCACGCGGUUGGAAAUUUUACCCUCCUCAAUCUGGUUGACCCAUUGUCCGCGGCUGCUUCUCCUAUUGGAGGAAUACCACGUUUCGGGCGCCUGGUGGGAAAUGCGACUAUUUGCAGACAAAAUGUGAUUGGCAAUACUAUCCGCCAUGUGGGAGGAAUGGCUGUUGUAAUUGCACUUGUUGAGGCUGCUGAAUCUAGAGAUAUGUUACAUAUGGCUCUUUCAUUGCUUGCAUGUGCCCUUCAUCAGAAUUCUCAGAAUGUAAAGGAUAUGGAAACAUACAAGGGCUAUCAUUUACUAGCUCUGUUUUUACGUCCCAAGAUGGCCCUUUUUGACAUGCAAUGUUUGGAGAUGUUUUUCCAGAUUUCUGCAUGCGAAGCGUUCUUUUCAGAGCCAAAGAAGUUGGAGAGGGGACAGACUACCAUUAGUAUGUCACCUACGAAGAAUAUGCCCGAAAACAAUUAUGAGGAUAUUAGUCUGUCAAAGUUUCAAUCUGAAACUUCUUCAGUUGGAUCUCAUGGAUAUAUGGAUGAUUUUUCAGCGCCCAAAGAUUCUUUUAGUCAGUUAUCUGAGCUAGAAAUUGGAGAUAUUCCUGUUGAAACUUCAAAUUGCAUUGUCUUAUCCAAUGCAGAUAUGGUGGAACAUGUCCUCCUGGACUGGACUCUCUGGGUGACAGCCCCUGUUUCCAUCCAGAUCGCCUUACUUGGUUUCCUGGAGAAUCUGGUCUCAAUGCUUUGGUACAGGAGUCACAAUCUUACAAUCCUGCGCCGAAUCAACCUGGUAGAACACUUGUUAGUAACACUUCAACGAGGGGAUGUGGAAGUUCUUGUCCUAGAAAAACUAGUUGUUCUUCUUGGAUGCAUCUUAGAAGAUGGGUUCCUUACUUCUGAGCUUGAAAAUGUUAUUAGGUUUGUGAUUAUGACAUUUAAUCCACCUGAAAUAAAGUCUCGAAACUCACCAAGGCGAGAGUCAAUGGGAAAGCAUGUAAUUGUGAGAAACUUGCUUUUGGAAAUGCUUAUUGACCUCCAGGUAACUAUAAAAGCAGAAGAACUGCUGGAGCAGUGGCAUAAGAUGGUAUCAUCAAAAUUAAUAACGUACUUCCUUGAUGAAGCUGUGCAUCCUACUAGUAUGAGAUGGAUCAUGACUCUUCUCGGUGUUUGCCUGGCUUCUUCCCCAAACUUUUCUCUUAAAUUUUCUACAAAUGGAGGUUAUCAGGGGCUGACACGGGUACUUCAAAGCUUUUAUGAUUCCCCAGACAUAUAUUACAUUUUGUUCUGCUUGAUAUUUGGGAAACCUGUUUAUCCAAGACUACCUGAGGUCCGGAUGUUAGACUUUCAUGCACUAGUGCCGAAUGAUGGAAGCCAUGUAGAGUUGAAGUUUUUAGAUCUGUUCGAUUCAGUGGUUGCCAUGGCUAAAUCUACAUUUGACAGAUUGAUCAUGCAAUCAAUGAUUGCCCACCAGUCUGGAAACCUUUCACAGGUGAGCGCUAGCUUUGUAGCUAAGCUUGUUGGGGGAAAUGUAGAUAUGACAGGGGAGCUUCAAGGGGAUGCUUUAAUGCAUAAAACAUACGCGGCACGGUUGAUGGGUGGCGAAGCAUCAGCUCCUGCUGCUGCGACAUCUGUUAUCCGUUUCAUGGUUGAUCUUGCAAAGAUGUGCCCUCCAUUUUCAGCUGCUUGCAGAAGAGCAGAAUUUCUCCAAAAUUGUGCUGAUCUUUACUUUUCGUGUGUCAGGGCUGCUCAUGCUGUGCAGAUGGUCAAACAGCUCUCAAUGAAAGCAGAGGAGCAGAGUCUAAGUGGUGGCGAUGAUAAUAGCACACAAGGCGUUUUCUCAAACUUGCCUCACGAUCUGGACCAGUCCACAAAAACCUCC